AUUUGCUUUCUCAUUUGACACUUCGCCUAAUUCUGACGUUUGCUUUUGAUUUAUCGUUUAUCAACCAACACAUAAAUGACUACCGUUCCGCCCGUAAAACCCCCACGGGGAAUAAAAUAUGCCAAAGAAACAAGCGGUCUACUGAUGUCUGUUAUUCGGGCAUUGUCCGCUAGCGAGACAAAUGAACAGAGAGAAGUUGAGAAGGCGAAGCUCGAGAAGGAGUAUAAGAGAAGUGAUCAACGUCUCGAUGAACUCGUUUCUCUUCAUGAUCAGGACCUCACGCAGGUCAUGCAGAUAUUCAGUACUUUAUCGGAACGGGUCACAGCUUCGCGUGAGAAGAUUCAUGCUGUUAAGGAGAACUUAAACGCAUGUAAACAGCUGCUGCGUUGCAGAAGGGAAGAACUUAUGAAAUUAUGGCUAGAGGGUAUCGAACAUAAGCACCUUUUGCAACUGUUGGACGAAAUCGAUCAGUUACGAGAUGUUCCUUCUCGCCUAGGUCAUUAUUUAAACAAAAAACUGUACCUACACGCUACCCAGUUACUAGUAUCUGCUCUUUCCCUCGGAGAUGGGACUUUGGAAGGAGUGGAAGCUCUCAGGGAAGUUCGUACAGAAUUGGAAGCUAAAGAGCAACAGCUACAUGUAAAGUUACUUGAAGAACUGAGUAAACAUUUAUAUAUUGAAUCAACACGUGAAGUAUUACUCAAACGACAAGGCUCUGGUCGUGAUUUCCAAAGGGGCAACGAGUCACGCGGAUCUAGAGGAAAUAAAGUUAGAAGAGCAUUGCUUGACGUCAUGUCUGCAUAUUCCGCUGGUCAGGCUCCAAGCCGUCGCACUUCGCUUGUAAAUAUGGGAACAACACCUGCAACUAUUGAUGAUUUGAGUAAUAUUGUCGAGGAUGAAAAUGCCACGAAUCCUGAAGAGAAUUCGGAACAUUUUCUGGCAAUUAUAAUCGAGUGCCUUGCAUUGCUCAAUAAGAUACCAGAGGCUGUCGAGGCUGUUAAGGUACAAAUGCAGACCGAGCUGCUAAAUAUAGUAGCUCGAACUUCGAAGAAAAUCAAAGAAAUGGCUGACAAUCAACCAACCUCGUUAAAACCUAUAUCUGCAGAAAUCUCGGAGAUUAAGAUUACGUCGAGCAAUAAUACAACAGAAAAGCAGUCCCUACUUCUUGACCUGCUUCAAACAGUAUUUGAACAGUUCAGAUUAGUUGCUGCAAUGCAUGCUGUAGUGCUACGCAGUUUUUCACAUGUUGUAAAGAAAUAUAAUUUAGAUGUACGAUUAUAUGAAAUGCCUGACGUAUGGAGUAAGAUUCAAGCAGUUCUUCAGUUAUUGUUAACCGAAUACCUAGAUAUACAAAAUAUGGGUGACGAUCCCUUCCAAACUCCCACAACACUGAGAGAACCGGCAAGUGACGUAAACACUUAUUUUGCCAGAAGAAAGCCGCAGCGUCAAAAAAAUGGCUCUCUUUUCAAGUUUGACUCUUCAUCUCACACUAUGACGCUCAACAGCUAUCUCAAGGAACAUAGAUAUAGUAAUUUCGUAUUAGCGGAUGCUAGUCAAUCUUUGGGUGCUAUAAAGGAGAAAAGACUUGUCUGUGAACCAGACCCACAGAAUAUCACACUGGUCUUUAGACCAAUGAUGAAAUUCAUUGAAGAAAUAGAACAAGCUCUAGGAUGCAAACCUGGAAAUCCAUGCACGUUGAAUACUUUCAUUGCUGAUUAUGUGAAGGAAGUAUAUUUGGGACGACAUCACGUGAUAGUUGCUACAGCUAUUGAUACCGCGACUAAAAGCCAAGAGGCUUGGCGCGCAACAACGUCACCUGAAUUAAUGAAAGAACUUGGCCUACCUCGACCACUUCUACAGAGCACCGUAAAAGUCGAGCAAUGCGUAAAUGAGUUGAGAUCGCUCAUGACCGUGCUGCCUCUUCAGGGCGAACACUUCUGCACGCUUGCUUUAAACAUACUUCACAAUUAUCGUGAGACGUGUCAAGCUGCGUACCGUGGUAUAGUUCAACCUGAAAGUGAAGAUAAAAGAAUAUGUUCUGCAGCAUGGCUGAAAGACGACGACAUCAGUAGAUUUAUCAAAUCAUUACCGAAUUGGGCGAAUUUGAAAUAUGAAACGCACCCUCAGCGUGGAGCUUUCGGGAGAAGAUCGAUGCGUCGUCAAGAGACGCAAGAGGAGGAAAGCCCUGAAGAAGUGAGACAGCGUAAUCUCAGAGAAGCAGAGAUCUUGGCGAGUAAUUUGGGUGAAGGCGGUAUCAAUGCUCAUGAGAUACUAUCUGACGUUGGUCAGCUACGUGGUUUAGCGCUACUCCAAGAAAGCAUGGAAUGGUUCUCCCUUUCCAUACAGUCGUUUGUCUUCGAGUUACGCCAGGCUAAAUACUCUGGUGAAUCACAAGGCUUGCCGCCUAUGCCCGAGGCUUUAGUAGAAUCGCUGCAUCAGCUGGCUGUCGAAUUUGACGAGUUAGCAAACACUUGCAUCUUGGUUCUGCAUCUAGAGGUACGCGUUCAAUGCUUCCAUUACUUGUUACCCCGGGGGGAGUACAGUCACCUGUGUGGCGGAGCCAGAGAUGCACAGGAGGCGGAUCCUCGAGUUGAAGAAUUGUGCAGAGUGAUGCAGCACAUCGAUGAGGCAAUGCAGUCUAUUCUUCAUCCAAAAAAGGCCAAGUACAUCUUUGAGGGACUUGGUCAUUUGAUAGCCAAAAUUAUAAUAACGUCUGCUCAGUUCAUGGAGAAGAUCGACGAAAUUGGCAUUCAAAGGAUGUGUCGAAACGUGUUCGCCCUGCAGCAGACGUUAACAAAUAUCACAAUGGCUCGUGAACUAGCGAUGGAUCAUGCCCGUCAAUAUUUUGAGCUGUUCUACCAAACACCGGAAGAAAUAUUGAACGGUGUAUUAGAAAAAGGUCCGCGGUUUUCCGAGCUUGAAUAUAUGAAUGCUUUCCAAUUGAUAGGCAGAAGUCAACAAGAUUAUGGCUCGAUCAAUAAACACCUCGAAAAAUUAUCUGAGAUAUUGGGCGAGGUAGGAGUAACAGUGUAGCUGUGUUUUGUCAGCGUUUUUCACCCUGAUUCCACAAAUACUGUAUAUUCAUCGUAUAAAUAUGUGAAAAGCUUCCCAUUUCUUGGUGAAACGAGAAAACUUCUCGUUCUCAACCAACAUCACUCGUCAUGUAAAGUUGUAAAGCUAUAAUAUAACUCAUAUUUAAUUUAAUAUAAUUUAAAAUAGAAAAUAGAAAAUGUAUCCUCCUUGUCCGCCAAAUCCAGUCCUCGGUAAGUGUUUUCAAGUGUCCAUGUGCUGCAUUCUUCCGGAUUAUCAUUCUUUCCUUUGCAAAAAAUCAGAAAAAUUACAUUUCUUGACUGUUACUACUUGUAUUUAUUUGUUUUCUUCUAUAUUUUAUUCUUACCUUGAGUUCGACUGAGCAAAAGAAAGCUGUGCUGAGUGGAUUAUCAGGAAUUGGAUUAAAUAUCUCUAGAAACUUCCAAGCUUUCUAGCCGGAAAUCUUUCCCUUCCUCUGCCGGAAACGUAUGAAUUCUCUAAAUAACAUGGUAACGUGAUUAUUUGAAUGUUUUGCGUCCCAUUCGACAGGCUGCAACGAAUAACGAAAUCAUGAAACCCUGUAUAAAUUAAGAUGAAAUAUAAUGUAUGAUUGUGUUCAAUGUAUUUGCGGAGGUGACGUGGUAAUAAGUAAUAAUCAAAGUAAAUUCUAU